AUGUCGCCGGCCAUGUGGAAAUGGACUUGCCUGGUUUCUCACCUCCUACUAUCCACCACAGUGUCGCCUCUUGGUAAGCAGCAGCCACUCCACCCAAAGAGGCCCUUCAUCACUUUCACUGGAGACCAAGCAGAGGGGAACUUCAACCACUUGGUGGUUGAUGAAAGAACUGGGCACAUUUACUUGGGAGCUGUCAACAGGAUCUACAAACUCUCCAGUGACCUGAAGGUCCUUGUGACCCACCAGACUGGUCCUGAUGAAGAUAAUCCCAAGUGUUAUCCUCCCAGGAUAGUCCAAACCUGCAAUGAACCCUUGACGCCCACUAACAACAUAAACAAAAUGCUCCUCAUAGACUACAAGGAGAAUCGAUUGAUAGCCUGUGGGAGUCUUUACCAGGGCAUCUGCAAGCUUUUGAGGCUGGAUGACCUCUUCAAGCUGGGAGAACCCUUCCACAAGAAGGAGCAUUAUCUCUCUGGGGUGAAUGAGAGUGGCUCUGUUUUUGGAGUCAUUGUUUCUUACAGCAACAUGGAUGACAAGUUGUUCAUUGCCACUGCCGUGGAUGGCAAACCUGAGUAUUUCCCCACUAUUUCCAGCAGAAAGCUCACCAAGAACUCUGAGGCAGAUGGGAUGUUUGCGUACGUCUUUCAUGAUGAAUUUGUGGCCUCUAUGAUCAAGAUCCCCUCAGACACCUUUACCAUCAUCCCUGACUUCGAUAUCUACUACAUCUACGGCUUCAGCAGUGGUAACUUUGUCUAUUUCCUAACUCUGCAGCCUGAGAUGAUUUCACCACCUGGCUCUACCACGAAGGAGCAAGUUUAUACCUCCAAGCUGGUCCGUCUUUGUAAGGAGGACACAGCCUUUAACUCCUAUGUUGAGGUGCCCAUUGGCUGUGAGAAGAAUGGGGUGGAGUACCGGUUGCUCCAGGCAGCCUACUUGUCUAAGGCUGGAGCCAUCUUAGCGAGGUCUUUGGGUGUUGGCCCUGAGGAUGAUAUCCUCUUCACAGUCUUCUCCAAGGGGCAGAAAAGGAAGAUGAAGUCAUUGGAUGAGUCUGCUCUUUGCAUCUUUGUCCUGAAAAAGAUCAACGAUCGCAUCAAGGACAGACUGCAGUCCUGCUACAGGGGAGAGGGGACGUUAGAUCUGGCCUGGCUCAAAGUCAAGGACAUUCCCUGUAGCAGUGCGCUGUUAACAAUUGAUGACAAUUUCUGUGGCCUGGAUAUGAAUGCCCCCUUGGGAGUAUCAUCCAUGGUGCGAGGGCUCCCCAUUUUCACCGAGGAUGGAGACAGAAUGACAUCUGUGAUUGCCUAUGUCUACAAGAACCACUCCCUGGCUUUUGUGGGCACCAAGAGUGGGAAGCUCAAGAAGAUCCGGGUGGACGGCACCACCAAGAACACACUGGAGUAUGAGAUUGUGCAGGUGGUGGAUACUGGCCCCAUAUUACGGGAUAUGGCCUUCUCAAUGGAUCAUGAACACCUCUACAUCAUGUCUGAGAAGCAGCUUACUCGGGUGCCCGUGGAGUCGUGUAGCCAGUACGAGACCUGCAGCGAGUGCUUGGGCUCAGGCGACCCUCACUGUGGAUGGUGUGUUCUUCACAACACGUGCACGAGGAAGGAGCGAUGUGAACGCUCCAGCGAACCUCGGAGAUUCGCCUCAGAGAUGAAGCAGUGUGUCCGGCUUACCGUGCAUCCCAACAACAUCUCCGUCUCCCAGUACAACGUAUUGCUGGUCUUGGAGACUUACAAUGUCCCCGAGCUGUCAGCAGGAGUCAACUGCACCUUCGAGGACCUUUCGGAGAUGGAUGGCUUGGUGGUGGGCAGUCAGAUCCAAUGCAUCUCGCCGGCUGCCAAAGAGGUGCCCCAGAUCAUCACAGAGAACGGAGAUCAUCACAUUGUCCAGCUUCAGCUCAAGUCCAAGGAAACUGGUAUGACCUUUGCCAGCACCAGCUUCGUCUUCUACAACUGCAGCGUCCACAACUCGUGUUUGUCAUGUGUGGAGAGCCCUUACCGGUGUCACUGGUGCAAGUACCGCCACGUCUGCACUCACGACCCCAGUUCCUGCUCCUUCCAGGAGGGACGAGUCAAGCUGCCCGAGGACUGUCCUCAGCUGCUGCAGGCAGAGAAGAUCCUGGUGCCGGUGGAAGUGAUCAAGCCAAUCACGCUGAAGGCCAAGAACUUGCCCCAGCCGCAGUCGGGCCAGCGAGGCUACGAGUGCAUCUUGAACAUCCAGGGCAAUGAGCAGCGGGUGCCCGCCUUGAGGUUCAACAGCUCCAGCGUGCAGUGCCAGAACACUUCGUAUUCGUACGAAGGGAUGGAGAUUAACAGCCUGCCGGUGGAGCUGACGGUCGUGUGGAAUGGGAAUUUCAACAUUGACAACCCAGCACAGAACAAAGUUCACCUGUACAAAUGCGGGGCCAUGCGGGACAGCUGCGGACUGUGCCUGAAAGCUGACCCGGACUUCGAAUGCGGCUGGUGUGAGGGGCAGAACCAGUGCACACUGAAGCAGCACUGCCCAGCCCAGGACAGCCAGUGGCUGGAGUUAUCCAGCACCAAAGGCAAAUGCACCAACCCCAAGAUCACGGAUAUCAAUCCAGUGACGGGCCCUCGUGAAGGAGGGACCAAAGUGACCAUCCGCGGGGAGAACCUGGGGCUGGAGUUCAGAGAUAUUGCAUCUCACGUCAAAGUGGCUGGAGUGGAAUGCAAACCGCUGGUGGAAGGGUACAUCCCAGCAGAGCAGAUAGUCUGUGAGAUGGGGGAGGCCAAGCCCAGCCAGCAUGCCGGAUUCGUGGAAAUCUGCGUGGCUGAGUGCAAACCAGAGUUCAUGGCCAGGUCUUCACAGCUCUACUACUUUAUGACUCUGACACUCUCCGAUCUCAAGCCGAAGCGGGGACCAGUGUCGGGUGGUACCCAGGUGACAAUUACGGGCAACAACCUCAAUGCAGGCAGCAAUGUCAUCGUGACCUUUGGGCGACAGCCCUGCCUCUUCUACAGGAGAUCCACCAAGCACAUUGUCUGUAACACCACUGCCUCAGAUGAAGGCUUUGAGAAGGUGAAGGUGUCUGUGAGAGUGGACAAGGCCAAGAUACAUCAGGAGUUGCAGUAUGAAUACGUAGAGGAUCCGACCAUCCUGAGGAUUGAGCCUGAGUGGAGCAUCUUCAGUGGCAACACACCCAUCGCAGUGUGGGGAACUCACCUAGACCUCAUCCAAAACCCUCAGAUCCGGGCAAAGCAUGGUGGAAAGGAACACAUCAAUAACUGCGAGGUGCAGAACAGCACAGAGAUGACCUGCCAGGCUCCAGCACUGGCUGUUGACCCCAAUCACCAGUCUGAGCUUGCCGAGCGUCCAGAGGAGUUUGGUUUCAUUCUUGAUAACGUGCAGUCUCUGCUGAUCCUCAACAAAACCAACUUCACCUACUACCCAAACCCAAUCUUUGAGGUUUUCAAUCCCUCAGGGAUCCUGGAGCUGAAGCCAGGAAGUCCCAUCAUACUGAAGGGCAAGAACCUGAUCCCACCAGUGGCAGGAGGGAAUGCCAAGCUGAACUACACCGUUUUGGUUGGUGAGAAGCCCUGUGCAGUGACCGUAUCAGACGUGCAGCUACUGUGCGAGUCCCCAAACCUCAUUGGACGGCACAAGGUGAUGGCUCGUGUAGGAGGGAUGGAGUUCUCUCCAGGAAUGGUCUACAUCUCUCCAGACAGCCCUCUCAGCUUGCCAGCUAUUGUCAGCAUUGCAGUGGCCGGCGGCCUGCUCAUCAUCUUCAUCGUGGCUGUGUUGAUUGCAUACAAGCGCAAAUCUAGAGAAAGCGACCUCACCCUCAAGCGUUUGCAGAUGCAGAUGGACAACCUGGAGUCCAGGGUGGCACUAGAGUGCAAAGAAGCCUUUGCAGAGCUACAGACAGAUAUCCAUGAGCUGACAAGCGAUCUGGAUGGAGCCGGGAUCCCCUUCCUCGAUUACCGAACUUACACCAUGAGGGUGCUUUUCCCUGGCAUUGAAGAUCAUCCAGUCCUGAGGGAUCUGGAGGUCCCUGGCUAUAGGCAGGAGCGGGUGGAGAAAGGCCUGAAGCUCUUUGCCCAGCUCAUCAACAACAAGGUUUUCCUGCUGUCCUUCAUCCGCACACUGGAGUCCCAGCGCAGCUUCUCCAUGCGGGACCGUGGUAAUGUGGCCUCGCUGAUCAUGACGGUGCUGCAGAGCAAGCUGGAGUACGCUACUGAUGUCCUCAAGCAGCUCUUGGCUGACCUCAUAGACAAAAAUCUGGAGAGCAAGAACCACCCCAAGCUGCUGCUCCGGAGGACAGAGUCUGUGGCUGAGAAAAUGCUCACCAACUGGUUCACCUUCCUUCUGUACAAGUUCCUCAAGGAGUGUGCUGGCGAACCUCUGUUCUCCCUAUUCUGUGCCAUCAAGCAGCAAAUGGAAAAGGGUCCCAUUGACUCGAUCACUGGGGAAGCCCGGUACUCACUGAGUGAGGACAAGCUUAUCCGACAGCAGAUUGAUUACAAGACACUGGUCCUGAGCUGCGUGAACCCCGACAACGUGAACAGUCCUGAGAUCCCGGUGAAGAUCCUGAAUUGUGACACCAUCACGCAGGUCAAGGAGAAGAUCCUUGAUGCCAUCUUCAAGAAUGUGCCCUGCUCCCACCGGCCCAAAGCUGCUGAUAUGGACCUGGAGUGGCGGCAAGCAAGCGGGGCAAGGAUGAUCCUUCAGGAUGAAGACAUCACAACCAAAAUAGAGAAUGACUGGAAAAGACUCAACACGCUGGCGCACUAUCAGGUGCCAGAUGGAUCUGUGGUAGCUUUAGUCUCCAAGCAAGUCACUGCCUACAAUGCAGUCAACAACUCCACGGUCUCCCGGACCUCAGCCAGCAAGUAUGAAAACAUGAUCCGUUACACAGGCAGCCCGGACAGUCUCCGUUCCCGCACACCCAUGAUCACCCCUGACCUUGAGAGUGGAGUCAAGAUGUGGCACUUGGUGAAGAACCAUGAGCAUGGUGACCAAAAAGAGGGUGACCGGGGCAGCAAGAUGGUUUCUGAGAUCUACCUGACAAGACUACUUGCCACCAAGGGAACCCUCCAGAAAUUUGUAGACGACCUCUUUGAGACCAUCUUCAGCACAGCUCACCGUGGCAGUGCACUUCCCCUGGCCAUCAAAUACAUGUUUGACUUCCUGGAUGAGCAGGCUGACAAGCACAACAUCCAUGACCCCCACGUGCGGCACACCUGGAAGAGCAAUUGCCUGCCGUUACGGUUCUGGGUUAACAUGAUCAAGAACCCGCAGUUCGUCUUCGACAUCCACAAGAACAGCAUCACAGAUGCCUGCCUCUCUGUAGUGGCUCAGACUUUCAUGGACUCCUGUUCGACCUCAGAGCACCGUCUGGGCAAAGAUUCACCCUCCAACAAGCUUCUCUAUGCCAAGGACAUCCCCAGCUACAAGAACUGGGUGGAAAGGUACUAUUCAGACAUCGCCAAAAUGCCAGCAAUCAGUGACCAGGACAUGAAUGCAUACUUGGCUGAGCAGUCUCGCAUGCAUAUGAAUGAGUUCAACACUAUGAGUGCGCUCUCGGAGAUAUACUCCUACGUUGGCAAGUACAGCGAGGAGAUUCUCGGAGCCCUUGAUCAAGAUGACCAGGCUGGGAAACAGAAACUUGCCUACAAACUUGAACAAGUCAUAACCCUCAUGAGCAUAGACAGCUGA